GCUUGUGUAUCGCGCUGUUAUCAGAAUCUCGGUAGACACCGUCCAAGCAUUCCAGCACGGCGACCUCUUGCCCCUGCGCACAGGCUCUCCAGCACGUCGUCGGCUCUCUCCGCCUGCACUGCAUUCGCGCUGCCGUCUACAAACGCUGCGUUGUUGCGAAUAAGAGCGCGUACUACAUUUCAUUUCUUGCUUGUGCGGGUGUUGAUUGCUUCGCGUACCCAUCACAUCGUUAUUCGGCAAGGAGGCGCGGCGUGUAUGAUCGGGUGCGGCCGGGAGUAAUUGAUUGCCAAUCAAGUCGAAGAAGUGGUCUCCGCCGGUCUCCUGUUGAGGGAGUCGACAGCGCUCGGCUUUUUUCGGCCACCUCGCAAACACUGCGGGACUUUUGACGGAGUUUGAUGUCAUGGAGAAGCACUCAGGAGUAGUCUGUGGGAGCAAUUCGCAAAUGACGCAUUACUAUGAGCGCUCCUUGAUGUACGUCGUGGAAGACGUGCGCCCACACGGGGACGUGCCGAAGUUCCACUCUGCGGCGUACUCCGACUGCUUGCGCAAGCCGUCCUGAUAGGCCGCGGCAGCGUCUGUCAUUGUUGUAUCAUGCCACGUCGUAUUCUCAGUUCACCGUGUUGUUGUGCGCCUAUUAUACUAGCUCGGAUCAUGUUGACUUCGUUGGAGAGGAGGAGAUGUGGUAAUCGUCCGCGACCAGCUAGCAUGUUCUGCAGUCAUUUGAGGGGAGAGUGAUGCUCGUUGGCGUCGCUUUUUGAGGUAGUCCACAUUUCUAGAUUGGGAUGUCUCCUUCUACAGUAGGCUGUGCGUACGGGACCUUUCACUGUGCUCUUCGGCGUCGAUGUUUGUGCUUUAUGCGUGUCGACCGUGCAUGGCGCGGACGACUGAGUGACUGUGUCAUUUUCUCUGCGCGAGUCGUGCGAGGAGCGCGCGCGGGUUUUGACUUUUCCUUCUGACGCCUGUGCGUUUCACAUCUCCUUGUGAGGACAGUGAUCCCUGCGGCAGCGUUUCCGGUGUCUUCUUCUUCCUCGCCUUCCCCGACGGGAUGCUGCCGCGGUAGUCGAUCGAUUCGCCAAGGCGGUCCUGCUGGUGUCGUUCCUGGAGGUGGCUUCUGCUUCCUCGCCUUCCCCGACGGAUUGCUGUGGGUCGUUGUUCGUUGGGUUGUCAAACCUCGUUCUUGUCAGCUUUCUGGGCCGGAUCUGCUGUUUGUCGUUGUUGUUUGGGAACGUCGAAGGCCGUCGCGGUGUGACGGUGGAGUGAUUGUCGAGAAGGAAACGUCUGUUUGGUGUGAAUAUAACAGUAAUUCGGUCGAUAUGGCGCCUAGCUUAGCCAGUGGGGUGUCGACUUCCCAUUUCGGAGUUGUCUCGAGCCUCCCAGCGCCAGGUUUUGAGGGGUUCGAAAAGCGCUUGGAAGUCUGGUUCUCUCCCGCUUCCUCUGCCACGUGCAGGGGCGACGGUGGUAACGGGACAUGGUCGUCGGGGCUGUCGGGUCUGCGGUUGCUUUCGCGAGAGGAAUUGGAUGCGCUGGUUGAAGUUGCGGAGUGCACUAUUGUUUCUCAAUUGAGCAAUGACCAGUUCGACGCCUAUGUUCUCUCCGAGUCUAGCCUAUUCGUGUAUCCAUUUAAGCUGGUGAUGAAGACUUGCGGGACGACAGCGCUUCUGCGAGCGGUUCCGUAUCUGCUGAAGUGCGCGGCGCGUUUGGGCCUGCAGUCGUGCGGCUGCAAGUACACGCGCGGAACGUUCAUGUUCCCGGCCGCUCAGCCGUAUCCGCACGGCAGCUUCCAGCAGGAGGUGGAGUUCUUAGAUCGCCACUUCGGGAGUCUGGGCGCCGGAGGCAGAUGGUUCGUGUUGGGCGAUCACGGGGUCUUCCCAAGGUGGCACGUGUAUCACGCUGAGUCGGACGUCUCCGCUGCUAUCGAGUCCGAGCAGGAGAAGCGGGGGUUUCUCAAACCGAGAGAGCCGACGUUUACCCUGGAGAUGUGUAUGACUGAGCUGAAUCGACAACUGGCGAAGCAGUUCUGGAAGGGUCCACACUUCGUAAAUGCAAAGACUGUCACGGAGCGCGCCGGAAUAGCGGAUCUGCUCCCGGGGUCUGAGAUUGACGACUUCAUGUUCGACCCGUGUGGCUACUCCAUGAACGGGGUGGAAGGGGGCGCGUGUUCCACCGUGCACAUCACCCCUGAGGACGGUUUCAGCUAUGCGAGCUUCGAGAUGAUGGGUUACGACAGAGGGACUGACGUGGGGGCCAUUGUGCACCGAGUCCUGCAAUGUUUUAAGCCUGGGCGAUUUUCUGUUGCGAUUACCUGUGAUGGCUUGCCAGGUGUUGCAGGAGUCGGUCGCUGGGGCACUUCUCUGCCGUUGUUCGAGGGUUAUGCAUGUGAUAGCAGCAAUCGAAAAGAAUUCAUGUCUGGCGGACGAAUUGCAUUCCACACAUUCCGAUGCGUCUCAUCUGAAGAAGUAGAGGCAAGUCAAGUGUCGGGCUGCUCUUUCGUCGAUCCCCUUCCUCUCUUCUCGGACCUCAAGACUCGCGUAAUCCGAGGUUCCAAGCCACGGUACUCGCAUCGUCUGGAGACUACUGACGCCGAGCAAGUGCCCAUUGAAAAAGCCGCCCCGCUGGUCGAAUGCGGGAGUGGAUGGUGGCUCGUGGAAGAUGCCGCUCGUAACUAGUAGCCUACGUAUGCAAUGAAAGUGGUCGUUUUGAUAAAGAACGACUGUUUGUCGGUUUUGGCUUGGCUGAUUGUCGUUUAGUAUAUGCCAUUUUUGACGGUGCGCAAGAAAAGAACUCUUUAUUGUCGAGGAUUGGUCAAACCUUCGUUGCUGGGCAGUGAUUUACAGAUAGUCGUGCAGUGAUUACAAAUACUGUGCUUUCAUCUUCUGACGUCAUUCUCGAGUGUUUUCGUAGACGCUAGGUAGACGUGUCUUUCUUUAAUCGUUGGCAGUAUGAUCGCGGGCGGUCUACUGUGUAUAUGUUACUGGACUGUGCUCUGCUAUGUGUGUGUAGACGAUCCCUACGUACGGCUUUGUUUGCCUGUUUUAUAGCGUUGAAACAGUCAUAGGAGAAUCCCUGAUCCAAAUCAUCCCGCGGACCCCUAGUAAUCUGCGGUUAAGUAGUGGGAGGGCUAGUGUUUUGUCUCCAUCGCCUGUUCCCCAACCCUCCCUCCCUUCCCCUCUCCCAGGUAUAGUCCUGUUGGGGCUUUUUUGCUUUCAAGCAAUGUUUGUUCUUUUUUCUUAGCGUUUGGUCUGUUCCCCAACCCUCCCUCCCUUCCCCUCUCCCAGGUAUAGCCCUGUUGGGGCUUUUUUUGCUUUCAAGCAAUGCUUGUUCUUUUUUCUUAGCGUUUGGACCUAUCUGCUUUCAAGCGAUGUUUGUUCCUUUUUCUUAGCGUUUGAACGUAUAUGCUUUCAAGCAAUGUUUGUUCCUUUUUCUUAGCGUUUGGACGUAUGAGCUAGUUGAUGUGACCCCUGAUGCUACGACAAAUAGUCUGUCUAGGGAGAAAAUGUCGUGUCAAAUGUCUUUUGCAAGCUGUGUUUGUUACACGGCAUGGGUACUGGGCAAUUCUAAAAUGAUGGCGGUACUCUUUGCUGGUCAUGGCGUCUCCCGAUUGCUUUGCGUG